GGAGUUUACAAAUGUCUUUUCGUGUGGGAAGAUGUGAUUGUUCAAGACUGGAAAACGCAGCCAAAUUUAAUCUUGGGCUGUUGUUUUGCGGUUUAGUAAUUGGAGUCUAUGGAUAAUCGUCAGAAACUGCGUCAAAAUGCAUUCUUUACAGAUGUGUGCGAUGUGAUGUGUAAUGAUGAUAUUAAUUGCGAAAACUCACAAUAUUUUCCCUGGAAAACAAUAUAUGAUAGCCGAUUUCGCGGCUUUGAAUAAAAAAGGAAUUUAAAAUCUCACCUGUGAUAAAUUAUAAAACCACUAUUGAUCAUGGUUGUGCAAGAAAACUUACGUACUGACCUUGUGUCAUCCCCUCUUAAAAAUGACAAAAAACAUCGGCUAAAGCAAAGAUUUGAUGUUAUGCGAAAGUUAGGUCAGGGUACUUAUGGAAAAGUACAACUCGCAAUUAAUAGGGAAACUGGACAGGAAGUGGCUGUUAAAACCAUCAAGAAAGCUAAGGUUGAAACAGAGAAAGACCUUGUAAGAAUACGUAGGGAAAUUCAAAUUAUGUCAUCGAUACAACACCCUCAUAUAAUCCAUAUUUAUGAAGUAUUUGAAAAUAAAGAUAAAAUAGUUCUAGUGAUGCAAUAUGCCAGAGGUGGUGAAUUGUUCAAUUAUUUAAUGGAGAAAAAAGUGUUAUCUGACCUGGAAGCUCGAAGAAUAUUUCGCCAAAUUGCUGCAGCUAUUUAUUAUUGCCAUAAAAAUAAAAUUUGUCAUCGGGAUCUAAAGUUAGAAAAUGUGUUGCUGGAUGAAAAAGGAAAUGCCAAGAUUGUCGAUUUCGGACUAUCUAAUGUCUUUGAUGAGAAGCAUUUAUUGGAUACUUAUUGUGGAAGUCCUUUGUAUGCAUCGCCAGAAAUUGUGAAAGGUGUACCUUAUUAUGGACCGGAGGUUGAUUGUUGGAGUAUGGGUGUUGUGCUUUAUACUUUGGUGUAUGGUGCUAUGCCUUUUGAUGGAAGUGAUUUCGGAAAACUUGUCUCUCAGAUACAUGAAGCAAAUUAUUUUGAGCCAAAAAAGAAAUCAAGUGCAUCUGAGUUGAUACGACGAUUACUCACAGUCAAUCCUGCUAAAAGAGCUACUAUAGUUGAUGUGUGUAUGGAUUACUGGGUCAAUCUUGGCUAUGAACAUUCCCUGCUUCAAGUUGCUGAAGAUAUGGCCAAUCUCACGCCAGUGCGUCUCGAUUUACUACUCGCGUUGGCACCCGAGUCGUCCGUUCCUCCUGAUCAGUCCGAAAUAUCGGAUGCAUUUGAUGACAGUGAAGAGGUUAUGUUAAAAGCCAAUCUUAACAAAGACAUACCUAACGAAGAAGACGAGGAGGAGGAAGAGGAAGAUGAGGAAUAUAACCCUGACACAGCAGCUAAUAGUUUUUCAUUUAUGAAAGGUAGCCAUGCCAGCCAAUUAAGUGUCAGCUCUCCUAACCUGCAAGAUGCAUUUUCUGAUGAGUGUGAAGACAGUGAAAGUGAAUUCCUGCCAGCAGAUAUUGCUGCUGCUCUUCAGGGAGAGUGUGCAAAGCGUCUGGCCGAAAGUUCUUUUGGUUCUAGCUUGGCUCGUGUUUCAAGCCUGGCUCAUCAGAGCAAAAAGCCAAAGAAAUCCAAUUCAUCCAAAGUUGAUCUCAGUGAGGAGUCCUCUGAUAAAGAGGCUAAAAGAGGUAAUGAAGAAGUUGGUAAAAAAAAUGCAGAAAAUUUGAAAACUUCGUCUGGAAAAUUAAGUGUUUCAAACUCGAAAUCUUCUAAAAAUAGCCGAACAAGUUUAGUAGAGAAAAGCAGUUCCUCAUCAUCGGAUAAAAUAAAGGUGGAAAGUUCUGGAAAUAAUAUUGCUCAUAAUAGGUCAUCAAAUAUUACACAAACUGAAUCAGUUGAAGUUAAUAGAAAAAAUAACUCAAAAGAGAGCUCAGAUAAGGAUCAAUUGGUUAAAGACCAGAAGAAUUCAUCUCUUGAAAAAGUUAAAGAAGCUUCCGAGAAAGGACGGAAAGAAUCUCUUCCCACUCAGGAUGAAAAAGUAGAAAACAAAAAGUUGUGGAGGCCACCAGGGAAGAUCAUAAUUCCAAAGACUUUUGAUUCUCCCCAAUCAUCUCCUUCUCCUAAACCUGUAACAGUGAAAAAAGUAGUAAAAGCUGAAAAGGAACCUGAUGUCAAACAACCUAACAGUUCAGCAGAUUCAAAAAGUGCAGAAAAAGCAGCGAAUUCAACCCCAGAAGACAUCAAUAAGAAUUUCAUUAUAAGUAACUCCAAUAAAGAUAUGAUACAUGAUGUUGGUAAAAAAUCAUGUGGAAAAAAGGAAGAAGUUGAAGCUGAGAAGCCUUCCGUUGAAUCUAAAAGUGAAGUGCAAAAUGUUGAAGAUGCAAAAUCUGCUGCUAUUACCGAAGAGCAGAAAAAUAUUGCUAAGGGUAUCCUAAAGAAAGGUAUUGCUAAAGCCAAGUUGGCAGAAAGAAGGAUGUCCAAACAGAAUUCCCAAGAUUCGGAAGUAUCUUCCACUUGCUCUACUCCUGUUUCCGCUGUUGGAACUCCUGACCCAAAACCAUCUUUUUUCAAAGCUCCAAAACCAUACGCAAAAGAAGGGGAUAAUUGUAUAGAAAGUAAAGCUGAGAUUAAAUUAAGUUCCAACAAAAAUUCUAGUAGCACGUUAAAGAAUGAAGUUGCAAGCAAUCAAACUGCUCCUCUGUGGGAAAAUGCUUUACAUUCCAGUGAAAGGUCUGUGCAGGAGAAAAGUUCAAACUGGAGUUCCGUGUCACCGACUAUUGAUUCGGAACUGGGUGGUUGGAAAGAACAAAUGGAAGAGAGCUUAAGAAGAUUAUCUCCCGAUGAUGAUCGUCUUUCUUCUAGCUCAUCUUAUACUGCUACAAAAUCAGAAGAUGACAAACCACUUGUGCCCAUAGCACGCAGUUAUAAAAAGUUCACUUUCACGAAAGACGGAGCAUGCAUAACCGAAACGAAGAAGAUUUAUACUACACCAGGCGUUGAUGGUUCGUGGACAAAAGUUGAAAAGAAAACUAAAAUAACUACUCGGCCUGGUAAUGCCGAAGAGUUUGAGAAAUUUAGAGACAUGCAUUUAAGAACAAGUUCACCUUUAACCAGAUCUGAUAGCCAAAGCUCUUCUGGAUCGAAUGAGGUGUAUGAUGAUAUAUUCGAUAGUUGGACCGGUGAUACUAUGAUGUGCAAUAUGAGAAAAAUGAGUAACAUGUUCAAUAAGUUUUCCCGGGAUCCUUUUCUGAAAAAAGAACGGAGAAGAAAUCCGUUCAGGUUUUUCCGUAGGACGGAAAGUGAAAGGAGUGAAAGAGACAAACGUAGGUACGAAGUCCGAAGCGGGCGCCCAAGCGAUCGAGAAUCUUCUGAGAAUGAAGAUUAUGAUGUUCACUAUGAUGAUUCUAGUGCUGUUGUGUAUGGAUCUCAGGGUUUAUGGCAGCUUUUGAGAUCCACUAAUCAAGGAUUUCCAGGGCGAGUCACCAUUCGUCCCGAGCCAGUGUCAUAUGGAAGAUCUGUGAGUCAAGAUCGUUCGGAUGCAAACUGGAAAAGAAGUGGGUCUCGAGCCAGCAGUGGUUACAAUACGGUAACUCGUUCGCAGAGCAGGGAUAGAACAGAAAGUCCGAGAGAAAAAGUAUUGAGAUUUGUGCUGGAAUCACCGAGAGAUGGAUUUUCAAGAGAAUCUACCGUGGGUGAAAGUCCGGCACGGCAUGAAAAGUGGUCUUUGAAGAAAAAUAUGUCUCGUCAUAAUCCUCGCCGUGAUAGUGGAGUCGGAAGCGAUGGCUAUGAAUCUGAGUAUUCCAUUCGGCAGAGUCCUUCUGAUGAGUUGUCUAAAGCUGGCAGAGUAUCUUCUAUGUCUUCUAUAUGCAGUGGGAGUAGACAAGACAUGAUAAGAAAUUUUAUGAAGUCUUGGUCGAGAGAAUUUAUAUCACCUCCUACGUCUCCUACAUCCUUGAGGAACACUAAAGAACAGUUUGAGAACCUUCCUGAAAAUAGGAAAAACAGGGUGGAACAAUGGCUGCAUAUGAAUUCUGACCCACCUUUUGAUUUUUAUACAGAUUCUCUUCCGGGAGUAAACUCACGAAAAUCAAGUACUAGUCACAGUAACAGCUCUUCUGCCUAUGCUACAAUGCGACCUAGGGAAUAUUUUCACUACAAUCGUUCAUCAAGCGACAAAAUAGCUAAUUGUGAUUCGGAUCGCUUUCCUUCAUUCGAAGAACAUAGGACAAGAAGUCAUAGUUUGAAACAAGAUACAUCAUCCAGUGAAAUGAAUAAAAUUCGAUUUAGAACCGCUACUUACAGCCCGGUCUCAGAAGAAAGUUCCAAAGAAAUGCACUGUGCAAGUGAUAGUUCUGGAUCCUCAGUACAUCGCAUUAAUUUUACCAUAUCUGAUGGAAGAAUUGCUUCUAGUCAUACUACUUCUCCUCCGACAGGAGGCAGGUAUUCAAGGCAGUUUAGUACUUCAAAGGAAGGUAGUGUAACUUAUGGAUCACCACCUCCUACUAGCAUAAAAUUUGAACAAACAUCAACGAGAAUUCCUGUACAGCCAGUUGUACAGAUGCGAGUUUCUUUCAAUAGAGGUGGCAGUAGAGAAAAUAACGUCAUUCAGGUCACUUCUCAAUCCUCGCCUCCCUCAAAAGGCUUAUGGGAUCAGCAAGAUUCUGAUAAAGACUCCAGCCAAGAUUGUGGUCUUGCACGGAACCCUUCCCCUCUUCCUGGAAUCAGACAGUUUUCCACCGAAGUUCAGCACUCUGUCGGGAGCUCUGAAAAGACUUCCAGAGCUUCCAUUGACCUUGUUCGUUCUGGUAAAGAAUCCCCAAAUGCCCAUACAGGUUGAGGGAUGGACUGCUGCACCCAACUACAUAUCUCUUCGGUUGCUUCUUUUUUCUGUUCUUCAUUCGUUAAGCAAAAUCCUUCAGUUCUGAAGGAAUCUUCUAUUUGGUGCGAUGGGAGAACAUAGUUUGAUUUUGAAUCAACUGUAUGAAUAUAAUAAAAUGAGUGAAUGCAAAUACGCUCUGCUGACGUUUGUAAUUUUUAACUAAUAAAACAUUUG